AUGGCCCUCGCAGAAAAAUGGCGCCCGUGCGGCCUCCUCAACCAAAAGCCCACCACACCAUACGCGGUAAUAGUGCUCAAUCAACCGGUCAACAAGAACGCCCUGAAUGCCGUGAUCUCGACGGCGUCGCUACUAGUCUGUGCCGACGGCGGCGCCGAUCGACUCCUCGCAUACGAACAGCAAACGGGCACCACGGCCACGGGAUCUGCACCAAACGGGUCGAGCAAUGACAACAACAGCCACAAAGGACAAUAUCGUCAUCGCCUACCGGACGCGAUCAUCGGCGAUCUGGAUUCGCUGUCGCGACGUGCUGAGGAGCACUAUCGAGAGCGUGGGGUGCUGGUGGUCAAGGACCCGGAUCAGUAUUCUACAGACUUCACCAAAUGUCUCAGCUGGAUCAGGGGCACGAUGGGUGAUGCGCCAAUGGAUGUCGUGGUGCUGGGAGGGCUGGGAGGACGAGUCGACCAAGGCUUUUCACAGAUCCAUCAUCUCUUCAUGGCAGAGAAUGAUCCCAGUCUUCUACGCGGUCGGAUAUACUUGCUGUCAGAACAGAGCUUGUCAUUUGUUCUCGCCAACGGGCAAAAUCUCGUCUAUGUAGAGCCAGGCUAUUUCGCCGAGAACAUUGGUAUCAUCCCCGUGCUGGGAAAGACGCUGCUCACCACCAAAGGCCUGGAGUGGGAUGUGGAGAAUUGGCCCACCGAAUUUGGUGGUCAGGUCAGUACGAGUAAUCAUAUCCGGUCGGACGUGAUUGAAAUCGCCUUUGAAGGGCCUCGACCUCUGCUCACCCUCGAAUUGGAUGCCAGACUCUCGGCGAGUGGCGAAUAA